CCCCACUCUCUCGCUCUAUUCGGGGAUCCCGUCACCGUUGGUGAGUGGAAAGAGGAGAUGGCGAAGAGCGGGAAGGGGAAGCUGAGCAAGCUCAAAUGCAUGAUAAAGCGGUGGCACUCGUCGCGCAGAAUCGCGCGCUCCGCAGCCGGGGGGGGCGGUGGCGGUGGCGGUGGCGGAGGCGGGGGCUUAGCCUCGUCGAGGUCGCAGAACGAGGACGCGUGGCAGUCGGCGUCGUUCCACGGCGACGACGUCCCGGCCGGUCUCCAUCCUGUGUACGUUGGCAAGUCCCGCCGGCGGUAUCUUGUCAGCUCCGACCUCCUUGACCACCCACUCUUCCGGGUUCUCGUCGAGAAGUCUGGCGCCCCCGCCGGCGACGCCACCGUGGUGGGCUGCGAGGUGGUGCUCUUCGAGCACCUCCUCUGGAUGCUGGAGAACGCGGACCCCCAGCCGGAGUCCCUGGACGAGCUCGUCGAGUUCUACGCCUGCUGAGGCGGCGGAACAACAACUUCAUCGCGAAGUACCGGACUCGCCAGUUCUAUGUAGCUUAUUCUGUUGUAAGGGUGGGUGCUGUAAAAUUUUCCUAAUGAUGAGGACUUAAAUGGAAUAAUGAAGUGAGGACUGAGGACUCGUCAACCCGCUCCGAACUCCAGGGGAUAUGAUUUGGAGAUUAAUCGCAUGAUGCUCUGUUUUUCUCCUUCUAAAUCUUUUGGGUAGAUAUUUUAAAUUGUCGAUGUAAUCUUGCUUUUUGGAAUAUCUUAUGAAAAUAAUUCUGUA